GUGAUGUUGCUGCUUGGGAAACACCUGCUCAGUGGGAGGUGGACAGUGGUAGGAAAGAAACACAAGGAAGUUUGGGCUAAAGGUUUGAGUGAGGUAGGAGAGGCUGUGGUUCCAUAUACUUCUUGAAGAAUCCAUCACUCUGAGUCAAUCUUUAAGGUCUGUUGGCACUUCAAAGGCAUUUCUUUCAGAUGCAGUGCUCAUCAAUCCACCUCUUCUGUGCCAUUCAAAUGCACCUGUGAUGCCACAAUGGCAAUCACUGGCGCUGCCUUAUAACACUCCAGCGGUAGAUGCUAAAGCAUUUCACAAAGUUACAUGAUAAUUGUUACUAUUAUUAUAUAGGGAGAGAAGUGAAGCAUAGAGAGUAAAAGGCAUUAUUAGAAAUAUAGCACAGAAGUUAAACUCAGUGAACUACUUGACCUUAAGCAUGGUUUUGUGGUGUAAAGGAUUGUCAUACAUUCCUAGGUCCAAUGAUUUCUGUGAACAUCCAUGGAAGAAUAAAAGGAUUUGAAAGCUACAUCCUUGAGAAAUUGGUGUAGUUUUUGUUGCACAGAGAAAUGCUGAAAUUUCAAGAAACUGCUAGGCAUGUCACUGUUGCCAGAUCUAAUUCUGCUUGCUCAGAUGCUGUGAUUGCAAGAAGAUACACUAUUCAGAGGAAACUUGGCAAUGGAAGCUUUGGAAGUGUGUAUUUGGUUAAUGACAGGAAAGCAAAACAAGGAGAAGAAUUAAAGGUACUAAAGGAAAUCUCUGUUGGAAACCUAAAGCCUAAUGAAACAGUUGAAGCAAAUCUGGAAGCACAACUACUCUCCAAAUUAGACCAUCCAGCCAUUGUCAAAUUUUAUGCAAGCUUUGUGGAGCGAGAUAGUUUCUGCAUUAUCACUGAGUAUUGUGAGGGUGGAGAUCUAGACUUUAAAAUUCAAGAGUACAAAGAUUCUGGGAAGAUGUUCACUCAAAGUCAAAUAAUAGACUGGUUUAUACAGUUGUUACUCGGAGUCAACUAUAUGCAUGAAAGACGGAUACUUCACAGGGAUUUGAAAGCCAAGAAUAUAUUUUUGAAAGAUAAUCUUCUUAAAAUUGGAGACUUUGGAGUUUCUUGUCUUUUGAUGGGUUCAUGUGAUCUUGCAACUACUUUUACUGGGACACCAUACUACAUGAGUCCAGAAGUACUGAAGCACCAGGGAUAUAAUACAAAAUCUGACAUUUGGUCUCUGGGAUGCAUUUUGUACGAGAUGUGCUGUAUGAACCAUGCAUUUACUGGACAGAAUUUUUUGUCUGUUGUGUUAAAAAUUGUGGAAGGUGAAACACCUUCUCUUCCUGAUAGAUAUCCAAGCAAACUGAAUGCUGUACUAUGCAGCAUGUUAUGUAAGAAUCCUUCAUUGAGACCAGCAGCAGCCGAGAUCCUAAAAUCCCCUUAUAUUGAUGAACAACUAAAGAAAAUACAGUACAAGUUCACAAACAUGACUGUGAAAGACAAGGCACUUAACUGUCAGAAAGAAACUGCUCCCAUUUUUGGUGCUGUGCAGAAGAAAGUUCAUUUGCAAACUCUGCAGGACCUUUCUGAAGUUCAGAAAAUGACACCACGGGAACGAAUGCGACUGAGGAAGUUAAAUGCUGCAGACGAGAAAGCAAAGAAAUUGAAGAAGCUGGCAGAAGAAAAAUACCAAGAAAAUAUCAAAAGAAUGCAAGAAUUCAGGUCCCAUAAUUUUCAGCAGCUGAAUGUCAAUGUCCUACGUGAAUCUGAUGAGCAGACUUCAAAACACCUCGUUCAUUCUCAGCCAGCCACUAUGGGCAGCUAUGUGUCCACAGGACAGGAUGAACCAAGAGGGAAUGGGACAAGUGAACUCAGCAUGUCUGAACUUACACACCAUGAGAUCCCCGAAGACCCAGAAAUUGCAGAAGAAUAUUAUAAAGAUGAGUUUGAAUCCUGUUCAGAAGACAGUGAAGAAGAGGAAGAUGCAGAAUUGUCAUGGACAGUCUCUAAGACAAAUCACCAGGACAGUGAUAUAGAGGCAAUGGUUGAAUAUUUGGAGAGUGUCCUGAAUAGCAGCUCAUUGGGCUCGAGGACUGUCACCGGAGUGUCUCCAGGGGUGCCCCAGGGAUUCAGAGAUCUCAACAAUACAAUGGCUGAGACCAAGCUGAAACGCAUGAGGGAAUCUGCCAUUGGGAAGCUGGGAGUGGAGGUAUUUGAGGCCGUGUACAGCUGCCUCAAGCAAGUGAGACAGCAGAAUGCCAGUGAGGAAGAGAUCAGGAGCUGUUUGGAGAAACUGGUUUCUAGAGCAAGUGAUUGCUUUGAAGUGGAUCAGCUGCUGUACUUCGAGGAACAGCUACAGGCUUCAGAGCCUCAUCUCCAGCUGUAACAGUGUGUCAGCAACAGCUGGGAAUGGCACAGAGCAAGAAGAGGCCUCCUUCAGGCCAGCAGGCAAGUACAGGAGGUAUUUGGAGGACACUGCUGAGGGUAAUGUAGUACAUAAGCAUGUGGGUAAGCUCCAUUUGAGAGUCCAGGCUGCAGUGGGAAGUGGGUAAAUAUGGCACAGAUUUCAGGGGCAGGAAGAAGAACAAAUGUUUGUGACAGUGGAGGGAGGAUUCACAGUUACCUGUGUCCCCUUCUGCCACUUAAAGCAAAGAAAGGGUGUUCUGGGCCAUGGCUGAACACCAGUCCUGCACUCAGAGCAUCACUGGCAAAGCUGCCUUUGAUGGAAUGAUGCAGGAUUAGACUCCAGCUGCUGUUGAUUUCUGUGCUAACUCAUCCUUGUGCUACUUAAGCCCAUAAUUUUUGUAAUUUGGCAGAUUUACUCUUAAACAUGUAUGUAUAUGUAUGGCCACUCAGCCCCUAAUAGUCUUAUUAUUGAUUGUUCAAAAGGGCUGCAUUUCAUCUGAGCUUCAAAGGAACUGUGGACAUACAUACGUAUGUACAUAUUUAUAUACAUAUAUGCAUGCUCACAUACACAGAGAUAGGUGUGUAUAUUCAUAAUGGCAGAAGAAUGUCUGGUCAUACACUUUACUUGUCUAAAGAGUUUUGGAUUAAAUUCAUUCUUCAAAAAUGGAGCAAUAAACUGAUUUUUUUCUGCCUUGCA